CUUCCUUAUCCUAUGCCAUCGAAAAAUCUUGUCCAAGGCAUCCCGCACAUCCAACCAGCCAAAAUUAUAUUAUCUGACCCUCAGCAGAGCUUCGAGUCCAAGUCUCAACUCAAGCAGUCGGUUGCUGACUCUCGAAUCAACUAUAAUGCCAGCACCAGUAGCAGUGUGCGUCGUUGCGGCUAUUGCAGGUGUCGCUGCUGUCGUUGCUUUCCAUGAGUUCGUCUUUGAACCCCACAUUGCCCCCGCCAUUGAGCGUUGGGCAGAGAACUUCCUCGCCAACCGUCGUGCUCGACAUAGAGCUCCUGUUCUUUUAUCAUCCAUCCGAGGGUCUAGGAAUGGAGACACAGGGUCCAGCAGCGCUGAUCCAAGGGAAAGGACCCCUGCAGCAGAAGAAGAUUCUAUCGAACUACAAGGCUUCAACCUCGAUGAAUGGCGGGACCAGGUCCAUCGCACUGCCCCAGGCGCGAUUAUGAGGCGGAGAGUCGGAGUGAUUCCUGACACAGACGAAGGAAGCAUAUGUAGCACAAUGGAUGAGUCUUUCACGUCACUCACGCACACUCCACUCACUCCCACCCAUUUCAUCUCCAAUGUCUCAUCCCCAUUCGCAGAAGCUCUCUCUGUUUCCGCACGCACGCCCAGCUGUGCCCACUCCAGCGCGACUUCUCACACCGCCAAAGACGCUGAGAGUGAGGCCAACGCUACUUUAUCUUUUGCCCCGUCUUCGCCCUCGUUCUCUGCACGCCCAAGUCCACCAUUUGGACCCAUCCUGCCAGAUACCCCCCGUACAAGUUCUGCCUACGCCACCCGCCCAUUUUCUCCGGUUGUUCACACGCCCAUGCGUUCUCGCGUACCAUCGAACAGGUCUUCUCUGCAGCACUCAAGCUCGCACAUUAGCAUGGAUGUGCAGGGCAGGCAUGUGGACGAUCACAUUGUUGGCGAGCACGUCAAUUUCAACAUCAACAGCAGCGUCGAUGCGAGCAUGCAUGAGGAGACGAAUGCAAAUAAUAGCGUUGUGGAGUCACUGUCAGAACGUUAUCCUGCUCCGCCCACUCCCCCUGUCCUACUCUCCCCGCCUUUAUCACACACUACCUUCUCCUCCCCAAGCACAGAUGUACUGAGCCUUGGGAACAGCGGUAGCCGCUCCGGCUCGCCACUUGACUCAGUCCCCCCGCCUGUUCGUAUUGGUGAGAUGCACCUUUCCCCGCGUGCACCUCUCUCGGGUGCUGUGAGCUCACUAUCUCCCUUGAUGAUGAGCGAGCAUGAGUUUGUGGUGUUCGGCGAGGUGUCAGGUCCGGAUGGGGCAGAAAUCUUGGUUUCACGAAGCGGAAGUGCGCGUUUGCAUAAUCCGUUUACUGAUUUUGACGAGGAAAGUGAUUCCGACAGCGGUAGUGAAGGGAGCUGGAGACGGGUGAGUGUGGCAUAUCGCAGGUGAUGCUCAUUUUGAAGGUGAGUAGUCGCAUCAUCCGAACAGGAUUGAUGGCGGUGUAGUGUGCGUUGUUUCUUUUUCUCUUCCUUUCUACUAUCUGAUUAUCUAUCUCGCUGUUA